UUUUUCAGGAGCUUCCUAAACAAGAAGACUUAGUGGUUGUUUUACACUUGGUGAAAUGUUUGUAUGUGAUGUGUUUACGUGGAGAUUACCUGAGAAUUGCAGCAGAGGAAGACGGAGAUAUAUUACCUUAUUUACAAGAGGUUUUUCUUAUUCCAAAGUAAGUGCAUACCUGGCGUUAGAUUUGGAAAUUUUGUAUAAACGCACGGCUUUUCAUACUUUUGAAAGGCCUAGGAAAAAUGUAGGAAUCAUUGCAGCCGAAACAGUGCAGUGUUUCGUAACGGAUGCUUCAAGGGACGGCAACGCAUGCAGGCUAAGGACGUGCUCAGUGACAGCCACUGAUGUCAAAACUAGGAAUGCAUAAAUGAAUCAAAUGCCGUUCAUGUUGAUUUGACGACCGCAAAUCCACAGUGGUGUUGUUGACAUGUUAGAAGAGAUUGUUAAAGUUUCUGGUGUUAGGAAUAAAAAUAUUGUCUAAACAUGCAGAAAUUGGUUAUUAGUGGCCUUUCUUCCUUCUGAAGUUUGCUAUUGAAUAAUUACAUAGGUCACACCAAUAUGGCUGCUGAAGUGUCAAUAUAUACCUCGUGUUUAAAAUGUUAUUAAACUCAUUAGAAGCUAAAACUUAUUGGAAGCUAUAUUUUUGAAGUUGGAUAGAAGAGAAGAUAUUUGCUUGAUAGUAUAACUAAUUUAAACACGUAACAAAUUUUAAGAUAAUUAUGUGAUAGAUUUUAAAAUCUUUCGUCAUAAGUAUUCUGGCUUCAAAAUCAAUUCUCUGAAUUCAAAAAGUAACUUCAUCCAGUCUAAACUUUGAGAUCUUAAACCAAUCAUGUUAGACAUAUUGCUUCUGACACAAUGAUCACGCUUCGAUUAUUUUUGCUCGUUCUUUAUUUAAGGCGGCUCAAUACAGUUUUUAAAAAAAAUGGAAAAUUCACGAUUUAGAUGCAUAUUUUUGGACAAUUGAUACUUGUUGACAAACAAAAAGUACCUUACUUCUAUAUAAAACAACAUCUAAAGAGUUUACGCACAAAAGUUACGCAACUGCUGUUGGGCAACAAUGAUGUUUCAAGAUGGCGGAUAUGUUGGCUUUAAAGUAAUUUAACUCGUAAACGACAUCGGUGACCCCCAAAUUUUAUUUAAAAAAAUUAUUUCUCUUAGUAUAAUCAAUUACUUUGACAAUUUAAAAAAAAUUCUGUAGAGCCGAAGAAAAAUUAUUAUGAAUAAUCACCAAACUAAUUGUCAAACUAAUUGAUUAUACUAAGAGAAAUCAUUUUUUAAAAUGAAAUUUUGGGGUCACCGAUGUCAUUUACGAGUUAAAUUACUUUAAAUCCAAAAUAUCCGCCAUCUUGAAACGUCAUUAUUGCCAUAGUAACGGCAGUAGCGUAACUUUUGUGCAAAAAUUCAAACUCUUUAGAUGUUGUUUUAUAUAAGUAAGGUACUUUUUGUUUAUCAACAAGUAAUAAUUGUCCAAAAAUACGCAUCUAUAAAUCGUGAAUUUUCCAUUUUUGUAAAAACUGUAUUGAGUCACCUUAAAAACGUUUUUGUUGUCUUCGUUGUUUCAGCUGUUUUUGAAAUAUUUCUUUUAUCUGUAGUCUUUGGAGAUUACUAAAAUGUGAUCGUUCUGAGUUAUGCGAGGUUUGUGUUCCGUUACUACUUCACUGUAUCAGUCUACCUUGUGGUGCUGAGUCUUUGGUUAAUGAAGUCGAAUCCACUUUUACAAAUAAAGACUGGAGAAUACGAUUUGAUGGCGUUUCGAAGGUAUUUGAUUUUAUAUUCCAUAUCUUGUAUUAUAUUUUUUUAUUGUGAUUCUUCACGAACACCUUGAUUAUAGAAAUUUCGUGUAUAGAAAUUAUAGAAAUUAGUGUUCAAGCCAUCCCUUUUGCUGGCUCUGCAAUUUUAAUCAGGUGUAUUGCAGUGGUAGUUUCUAAGCCUAAUUAUAAGAAAAAAGAACACUCUUUUCAGUUCCCCACAGGUGUUACGAAAUGGUUCCGGUGCAUCCGAGUGGUGCAUAAUGUAUAGAAUAGCUUGGAUCUGCCACAUGUUUUUUCUUUACAUGAUCGUGUCCAUUUAUGGCAGUGUCUUCAAUAACUAUGUCAUGUGAAGUACACGUUAUUCUUUAUAUCACUCGCUUGCUUUGUUUUUGGCGAUUUUGCCAGCAUAGGUCGUUUUUCUCUAUCUACUCCGUCAUAGUAGACUUCAGUAAGCUGUGUUUUCAAUUACACGUGGUUUUCUUCUAUUUGCACUUCCUGAUUUCUAGUCGGUCGUGGCUGUCGUGAUUAAGUCAUGUUCACCAAAUUAAAAUAGCCUAGAAUGUAAGCCCAACUCAAAUGAGCAUGAGACUCAAACGCUUGUAUUCUAAAAGCACACUCAAUGAGUGGAGGUUGAAUCCGAGCUUCCCUUGAGUGUCAAUGCUUUUUUUUUAAUAGCAGGAGGGUGAGUAGUCACAUAGUAAGUAUGGUAUGGCACUAACCCUCUAGCUAUUCAGAAACAACAUUGACACUCAAGGGAAGCUCAGAUUGAACCCCCACCAAUUGAGUGUGAGUGAGCUUUUAGAAUACAAGCGAAAAAGAGUUUCAACUCUCGCUUGACUCGAAACACCAACUCUUAUCAACUCUAAUGCAUUCUGAUCCACUUUAAGCUGGUGUAAUUUAGACGAGAGUUGAUGAGAACUUUUUCUUGUUUGACAGGUGCGCACGAAUGCCAUUAACUGUAAUGUAAACUCUCGCUGGCUAAACUCUCGCCACCAUCUUGACCUGGGGUUUUGUUAGGUCUAGGCUAGAAUUUAGCUUAUCCUUUGUGUACUUCAUGCGAAUAAGUAACCUUAAGCAAGCCAAACUGUCGCGGCCUAAUGGAAGUCAGACAUAACGAAUAUUUGUUUUUGUAGGUUGUGGUCAUUGCAAGGUACAUCCAAAAUGAAAUCCUCUUUAACGAUCUAGCCCGCUCUUCACUGGCUCUCAGUUUCGCCUAUCUAGUAGGCGCUAUAGAAGACCUCUCGAACUCAGUUUCUCUCCACGUGACAGUCAUGCUUGAGACCAUCCACCCAAACAGCUUGUUGGUCAUGUAUGAAAGUUUGGUAACCCAAUUCGACAAGUUCCCAUCCGACAGACUUCUUAUAAUACACACAUUUAGGCUGUUGCAUAACGCCUUGCCGAAACGAACGCCUUUAUCCGGGCAUUUUUUCCUACGGAGGUUCACGCAGUUAUUCGUGGAAAAGACGUCAUUAGUAGCCAGUCCACAUCCGGCGCGGGCGACACUCACUAGACAGGGCAACAUGAGCGAUAAGUCGUCCACAUCAAUGACGUCCCCAAACACUGAGCACGCCAGGAAAACUGGCAAAGGUAAGAACAUUGUUGAUUAUCUUCAGAACAUUGUUGAUCAUGUAUAUUAUAACAGUUAUUGAAUGAGAUUGAGCAUGAUAUGAAGAAUUAUCAAGUUAAAGAUGUUUCAAAAGCUUUCCUGGCUGUUUUUGUUGACAUUUCUUCUUUCUACAAUUUUCGCAACAUGACGUCAUAACAUUGAACAUGACUCUUUUCAUGUCAGUAUUAUGACGUCAUAACGUUGCAUGUGAUGUUUCAUGUCAACAUUAUGACGUCGCUCCGUUGGAUAUUAUGCCCAAACUCCAUAUUUGGUCAGAUAUUCAGUUGUUAUGACGAUUUUUCAGUUGGCUGUCAGCCAAUCAGAAACCAUGAAUCUUUUAAGUAAAUAAUACAGUGACAUAUCAUAUUCGUGACGGAGUUUCUAUAGAGUUAUAGAAACACGCGCGAGAGCUUGGAAGGGAGGCAUAUAAUUGGUGGGAAAAAGAGGGCGAGUUUUUCCAAUAUUCUUGUUCUCCCAAGCUUCUACAAGUGUUUUUUUAACUGUAUAGAAAUACCAUUUCUUUUAUAAUAUAACUCAAAAAAGAUUUUAUAGCCAUUUUUAAAUUGAGUAAUGUACAAAUUCUCAUGACAUGAGUAUGAACCCGGCUUGGAAUUGAUAUUUCCUCGUCAAUUUCACUGCAGAUUAGUCUAGUUCUGCACUGUUUAAACUGAUAGGUUGCGUUUUGUUCUGUGGUUCCUCAAUUUCGUUGUCGAGACUAGUACAAGUAUUAUUGCAACAUUGUUUCGAUUGUAGCGCGUGUUAAUGUAAAGUUGUUUACAUUUUAAAAUUUAAUGACAGGUUGUUUACUGACAUGUUUUUCUUGUAUUUUUUUAUUCACGUCGAAUUUUCAAACCAGAGGUUGAGCGAGUUGUUGGAAAGUGAACGAUUACAGUACAUUGGCAAUAUCUGCCGGCAUGUUGAUUGUCUCGUUUCUUGUAACUAAAUACUAUCCCUUUCUCGCUAUGUUACAUAAUGAAACAAAUAUUUGUUUCCCUUUUCCUUGUUCUAAACCAUAGGUAACCCAGCUGUCAAUCGUUUCUUGGCUUCUCCCACAUCAACCACCAAUAGUAUUACAAUAUGUCCGAGUGUUGGUCGCCUGGCAUAUGGUCGUUCCAAUUCAUUGCCUGCUAACCGUUGUGGAUAUUCUCUCAGCUACGAGAGGUAUAGUGUGACAAGACAACUAUCAAGCCCGCUGGAAGGUAUUGUAUGCUAUAUGCUAUUGCAGAGAGUCGAUGAGAUAUAGGUCAUAAUAUGGCUUAGGGGAAAGCAUGAAGUACAAUGGGUAUUUGCAUGUGGUCUUCUGAAAAGACUCCAGUGCUUGUUUACUAAGUUGUACGAUAAACCAUGCUAUUACCUAUGCUAAUAAUAUGGAUGAAGAAGUGGACCUCAAAAUAGUGUCAGCUUCCGAGAAGUGUCCAUAAGUAAUGUUAGGCAGUGUAUGCUUUUACCCUUAAACUCCAUGGCGUUAUAUCAAUUUGCACCUCUUUCAGAAUCCAGACGUUUCAAGUUUGAUCCAUCUCAGAUCGAGUCAGUUGAUCAAAUGUUAUUGGGUGCGAGGAUAGCCCAAAACAGUCUCUCUCCUGUUGCUGAAGAGAGUAUGGAUGGCGUGGAACAACAGCCUGUUUACUCAGAGAAGGGAGAUAAGACAUUGGAACGG